AAUUUAAGAAUGAAACAUUUGCAUCGCAGUCUCUAUAUAAAUACGGGGAUUCACGUCAGAAAGCACUACAACACGGUCCGUAGAGAAGAAAGAUGAAGAUGAUAGCAAAGGAGUUAGGAGUGAUUCUUUCCUUCAUGGUGGUAGCCACCCUCGCUAAAAACAUGGGCCCCUCUGGCUAUCCUUCCCUCCACCACCGUCCACCUUUCCCAGGCACCGGUCCCUCCUCUGGUGUUCCCGGGUCAAGUGGAACCUACAUCCAGUACCUGUAUUACCUGUAUCGCACCCAGGGACCUAACUCGUCCAGCUUUCUGCAAUACUACCAGUACCUCAUCAGAACAGGUAUACUGCCAAGAGGACGAUUCCCAUUUGGUGGUGCUGGUGGAAGUCUCGGAUCACCCUUUGGCGGUUUACCCGGUUUUAGCAGUGGAUCACCUUUGAGCGGCGGAUCACCUUUGGGAGGCUUACCUGGUUUAAGCGGAGGUUCACCACUGGGUGGUCUGCAAGGAUUAAGUGGCGGAUCACCUCUAGGUGGUUUACCAGGUUUAAGCGGAGGUUCACCAUUGGGAGGGCUACCAGGAUUGAGCGGCGGGUCACCUUUGGGAGGUUUACCUGGUUUAGGCGGAGGUUCACCAGUUGGCGGUCUACCAGGAUUAAGCGGGGGAUCACCUUUGGGAGGUUUACCUGGUUUAGGCGGAGGUUCACCACUUGGCGGUCUACCAGGAUUAAGCGGCGGAUCACCUUUGGGUGGUUUACCUGGUUUAAGCGGAGGUUCACCACUUGGCGCUCUACCUGGAUUGAGCGGCGGAUCACCUCUUAGCGGUCUACCAGGAUUCAGCAGUGGAUCUCCCACAGGCGGUCUACCAGGUUUAAGUGGUAGUUCCCCUUUGGGUGGUUUACCUGGUUUGAACAAUGGUUCUCCAUUUGGCGGUCUUCCUGGGUUGAGCAGUGGUUCCCCUUUUGGUGGAUUAUCAGGUUUAGGCAGUGGUUCUCCACUUAGCGGUCUUCCUGGAUUGAGCGGAGGAUCACCUUUGGGAGGUUUACCCGGUUUCAGCAGUGGUUCACCCACUGGUGGUUUUCCUGGAUUCGGUGGUGGUUCCCCUCUGGGUGGUUUACCUGGAUUGAGCAGUGGCUCCCCUCUUGGCGGUUUACCUGGUUUGAGCGGUGGAUCCCCUCUGGGCGGUUUACCCGGUUUGAGUAGUGGUUCACCUCUUGGUGGUUUUCCUGGAUUAAACAGUGGCUCACCUUUAGGUGGUUUACCUGGCUUGAGCAGUGGCUCCCCUCUGGGCGGUUUAUCUGGUUUGAGCGGUGGAUCCCCUCUGGGCGGUUUACCUGGCUUGAGCAGUGGCUCCCCUCUGGGCGGUUUACCUGGUUUGAGCAGUGGAUCCCCUCUGGGCGGUUUACCUGGUUUGAGCGGCGGUUCAUCUCAGGGUGGUUUACCUGGAUUUAACAGUGGAUCACCAUUUGGAGGAAGCAGUUUACCAGGGUUAUCUGGUGCCUCACCUUUCAGUAGUUUACCUGGCUUAAACGCUGGAUCAUCUUUCCCUGGAGGAAUCACUUUCCCCGGGGCAAGCAGUGGUUCACCCUUUAGCAGCAGGUCACCUUUUGGGAGUAGUCAAAUGAUAACUCUUAGUGGAUCUUCGUCUUUCAGCGGUUUGUCUAACACUCCAAGCUUUGGGGAUUUCGAUGGCGAUUCUUACUACACUCCAGACCUAGAUAGCGGAUAUGGAAGUUCACUGCCAGGGUAUGACUCUGGGUAUGACUCCUCUCCAUCGUACAAGAAAAGCGAGCCAUAUUGAAAUAUAUGAGGAUGGAUGUUAUGUUAAUGGGAAUGGACAAAAAAUAAAAUAAAAUGUGUGAUUACAA